AUGAAUUUAUUUAACAUACCAUUGGUAGAUCAUGCUGAAAAAUUCACUUCACUCGAGAGUUUAAAUGUAAAUUUGGAUGAGACAGUUUUCGUAUCUAUUGUUAGAACUUUAAGACAAAAUUCAUUAAAAGAAAUUGGUGUACCCGAGUCAUUAAAUUCAUUUGAAACCAUUUAUCCGGCAUUAUUACAUCAUAAAGAUUCAUUAAAAGUUAUUUUCGAAAAUGAAGUUUAUUUGAAAAAUAAUUUUCUUGAUUGGAAAUAUGUUUCUGAAUCUAGUUUUAAUGUUGAUUUGAAUCUUGAUGAAUUUCCAAAAUUAGAAUACGUUGUCAGGAAGAAGAGUAUCCUGUUAGUGGAUAGAAAUGGGCCAGUUCUUCAAUUCGUUCCUGUUGAAUAUCAUCCAAGGGAAGAAAUUUAA